GUCGCUCGCGAUUUAGUCAAGACUACGGUUGAAAACAUGAAUCUUAAGGGCAGGUCUACCCAAGCAGCCAACUUAAAUCUCAUGUAAAUGAAUUUGAAUGUAUUAGUGCACUUCUCUUUGCCAUGAUUUCACAGCUUUGAAUAACAUUUUUGCUCUUCGACUCUUUUUUCCCUCAAAGUGAAGCAAAAAAAGAAAACAAAAACAAAAACAAAAUGGAAAGCCACACAAGAAGAUAGAGAAAAGAAAUACCUCUAUGCACAAGAAUACGACGCAAAAAACCAGACGGCAAAGGAGAUACAUUUUUGUUGUUUCAUUCAUGGGAUGUGUGAAAAAAAAAUGCUAGGCAGGCAGACGCAGAACAGUGAUUUUUUUUUUAUAUUAUCCUUUACUUAUGAACAUAAAUAAUAUGUAUUACGCAUGAAUAACAAGUUCUUUUUUUUUUUUUUGCUGGAUCUAAUUAUGUCAUACCAAUUGUUGUUAUUCUUAUUCAGUUUUGUAAUGCAAAUAAAAAUUUAGAAUCUUGUAAUGUGCAUAAUUUAGGAGAUAGAAAAUAUGGUUAUAGAGAUUUUUUUGAAGUUAGUUCAGUAAAAACAAAUUUGAAAAAACACAAUGAACGAUUACAUUUGAAAUUCUACGUAAUGGCUUCGAUGGAGGCCCACAUAUUGCUUUCUGAAAAUAAUCACCCCAAUUGGGAAUUCCCUGUUUUAAAAUUUCAAAUCGGUUUUCUUGAGAGUUCCUUAAUUAUGCAUCCUGGUCGUGGUUAUGAGAUCGUUCUUGGUGGUUAUCGAAAUACGCUUUCUUGGAUAAGUGCUGGAAAGUCUAUAGGAAUUUCUAGAAAUACUGAAGUUAAUUCUCCCAACAUCUUAUCGUCUUCGGAUCCAAUAGCAGUUGAAAUAAUUCAAAACAACGAAGGGGAACUUAUUGUAAAUAUACCCGGCUAUUCAGUACCCCUUUUGAAAUAUUUUGAUCCGAAUCCCGUGAAUAUAAACUAUUUUAGCUUUGGUACUUCUGAAAGAAAUUCAGCUAAAUGGUUUUACAACUGUCCACUCAAUGUUUAUUCCAACACAGAUUGGACGAUUGAUCCAAGAGCAACUGCAGACAAAACGUUGCUAAGUCUUCUUGCAGAAAUAAAGGAGCUGCAAAAACAACUUGAUGAACUUAGGCAAAAUCAAAUAAAAAAAGAAAAACCGAAAAUAGAUAUACGGAUUGGAUCAGAGGCGGAAAAGGGCCAGAGAAUACAAUAAUUACUUUCAAAUUGUUUAAAGAUAAAAGUUAAUAUGCUGGAAUUGUUUCUUGAUAUUUAGUUUUUUUUUUUACAUUUAUUCAUCUUUUAAGGUGUAAAGCUUAUUAACUUUUUUCUAAAUUCACCUCAGUUUACCCUACUAAAAUUUAAAAUAAAA